AUGACGCCGUUCGUACGCUUUGGGCUCCUGUACCGUGCUGUCGAGCUCACAGGCAAUCUGGGAGUAUGUCGUAUUCAGGAAUCCAGCCCAGGAGAUAGGAAAUAUGAUGAGGGUGUUGUGUUCCUUAUGAGUGCGAUGGAGGACGCAAAGAUUUACACCACGGAGGCUCCCCAACGAUGCAAGAUACAUGAAGAACGUGUUAUACUGGGACCAGAGACACCAGCGGACCUUAAAGAGCUUCAGUUGCACCUGACCCAGCAAAACAUCCUUAAGCGCUACCCCACUGCUGUGCAAGAGUGGAAUGAUCUGAUUGCGCGCUUUGACGAGGUGAUGACGGAUGAGCGCCCCAUCUCAUUAGAGCAAGCUGAAUAUGAUCUUGCUGCAUGGCUUGACGAACUCCAUCUUGAUCACGGAGAGGAAGACGAGCCUUACCCACAGAGAUGCUCACACCCACGAAUGUUCAUGGUGAAGCAAUCUCAGUGCUGCACCGAGGAAGUGCAGUGGUUGCGAAAGAGCGAGGUAUUGCGAUACUGGAUGCCAACAUCAGAGAACCUGUGA